AUGGCUUUGUUAUUAAUUUCCUCUAGCUAUUUUUUAUAAAGGAAUUUUACAUCCAAAAAAACAAAAAACAACUUUUACCCCAAAAGCUAUUCAACACCAACCAAACCUAUCAAAAACAAUCAACUUAAAUUCAAUUAACGAAUCAAAUUAAUAUCGAAAAUGAGCCAAAUGAUCAUGCAAUCUAUGUCUAGUAUGUCAAUGAACAAUAUGAGCAAUAUGCUCGUUAAUUCCAUCCAAAAUCAAGCUAAGUCUUAACCUUAGCAAUUGAAUCAAUCUUGCAAUUCUUAAAGAAUUGAAAAUUCAAAUAUUAAUGAAAAUGCCAGCAUUUAUGCUGUAUCUUUUGAAGCACAAUCUUCCAAUCAAACUGAAAUUUACUCCGCAUCUGCCUGUCCUUCUAACGCAUCUGAAUCUAUGAUGUUAUGCUAACAACAAAGUGAAUUAUCAAAAAAAUUUGAAGAAAAAAAAUUAGAAUUAUGUUCAAAAAAAUUAACUUCUGAAUCUUCUAUUUUGUAAUAAGGAGAAUAAACUAAUAUUUCCACAAAUGAAUCUGGAGAACAAUCUUCUGAUUAAGAAGAAUUAUCUACAAAGAUUAAAUGCUAUGGAUAUUGUAGUAGUAGUAGCUGUCGAUACUAUAGCUUGAAGGAAAAUAAUCCAAACAAUAAUACCGAUAAUCGAAAUUGUAAUUGUAAUCCAGCUCUUGCCUGUGAUUACAAUUAUAACUAAAAGACUGCUUUUGACAAUAGCAAUAGUUCUUGCUUUUGUAAAGGCUCUUUUAGCGGGGGAUUUAGAGGGUUUAGAGGGUUUAGGCCUUCAUGUUGUUGCUGCUGCUGUAGGAAUAGAGGUGGCUUUGGCCUGACAAAUACUUAUUCUCUAUCCACAUCCUAUUCUUCUUCCUCUUCCUCCUCCUCUUCCUCUAACUCAAUCAUUCAAAACGAUGACCAUUUCUUUGAAUUUAACAAUUCUCAAAAUAUUACUAGGGAAGAAGCUAUUUAGCCUUUGUUAUAAGGAUCAAUCAGAUAGAUUUUAUCAGCUGGUCCUGUUGUAGGAUUAUACGAAAGAGAAAGUGAAGAAGAAUGGAAUAGCUUUGUAAAUAAGCUUUUAGCAUACUUUGGAGAACGUGCUGGUUCUCGAGCUAAAGCGACUGAGGAAAUUAAAUCAAUCAUGGAAUAACAUAAAACAGAAUUAACAGAUUUAUUAAAAGAUUUGGGAUUAUAAUAUGGCAAAUGCAACAUUAAAGAAAUAAUUGCUAAGACUGAAUCUUAUAUUCCUUGCGCUGCUAAGCGUGAGUUAGAUGCAGCUGAAUCUACUUUACGUAAGAAUACUUAGAAUGUCAAUGAAUUACGCAUCGAAGGAUCGAAGGUACGAUUGUCUAUUUUGCAAGGCUUGCAAAAGAGCGGAAAAUAUUAAAUUUCAGAUCUGGAAGAACGAAUUAGUAUGAUUAUUGAAGGACGAAUCGAGGAAUUAAAAAAACUUGAGAAGAAAAUUGAAGGAUUACGUCUAAAGAUGCUAUCUGAUGCAAAAUAUCUGCGCCUGCAACGACUUAAGACUCUGCUAAAGGAAUGUUUUGAAAUGUGGGAAGAAGCUGACAAGAACACAGGAAGAGAUAUUUAAAAUAAUGGAAAAAAAUUAGAAGAAUUAAUGACAAUGGAAGAGGGAAACAAAUAUAUAGAUAUAAUAAUAAAGCGUAUAGGAGGAGGUCGAACUACGGGCAAUGUUCAUGUUCACCGCAAUUUGUUAUGGGAAGGAGUCGACGGAGAGGUUGACAUUGCAAUUACUGAUGAUUAAGACAGAGAAGUAUUAGGAUUAGUUGAAAUUAAGUCUAGAUUGUAUGACAUUGCUGCUGCUUUCAGAUAAAGCGGUCCCUUAAGAUAAAAGAGCAAGAAGAGAUUAAUUAUACAAUCUAAACUUGUGGAUGUCCCGUUCGACGUACCGGUCUUUGUGGUUACCACUAUCCCGUCUUAUAGCUUCUCUUUAGAAUUUGAAUCUAAACUAAAAGACUCCUUAAAUAAAUAUUUCUCUAAUACUGAACCACAUUUAAUAGACUACAAUGAAGUCUACCGCAGCUUAAAGCCUAUUUACAGCAAUUUAAUUUCUCCUUUAUAAUGGUUUGAUUUAUAUGCUAGCAAAUACUUGAUUAUUAUUGAUUAAUCUUAAUAAGCUUAAUAACAAUAAUAAUAGUAAUAACGAUAAAGCAGCUAAUAACAAUGGCAUAAUCAUCAUCAUCAUCACCAUCAUUGCCAUCACAUUAACUCUAAUUCAAACGAAGCAGCUAAAUUAUAAAGAGUCAAUGUAUUAGAAAAUGAAUGCUGCUGUGAUGAACAUAAUAUGAGUUUAGAAACUGAUGACGACCAUCAUGAUGCUCGAGAUUAUUCCUUAUUACUUCGAGAUCAAGCAUUAUUAAGCUUAGAUUCAAAUCGAUUAUCUUCGCCAAUCUUAUCUUCGCAACCCUCCUCUGAUUAAAUGACAGACGAAGAAGAAGAAAAUGAUAAUGAUGAAUUUUACAAUCUUUAAAAUUUCAAAGACUUUGCAACAGCUCAAAAAUUGUAAAAUAUAAAGAUGUUCUCUUUAGUUUAAACAAACGAUGAAAAUUCUUGGAGCUGUUAGCCUUGGCCUUGGCAUUAGCCACAGCCUUAGCCUUAGCCUCAGCCUCAGCCACAAGAUUAAUAACUUAAAGCUAAUGGAGAUUUUAAUGAAUUUGGAUAAGACCUUUUGUUGUUAUAACAAUAAUAUCAGCAACAACAGCAACAGCAACAACGACAACAAGAAAUGAGCAAUGAACACAUAGUUAGUGGAAAAAAUGAAUAAGUUUCAGAUGACAAGUUGAACGCUUUUAAUGAAAAAGCUAAAUUAAGUAUCAAGCAAAUGAGUAAACUUAAAAAAAGUAAAGAGGAGCGAAAAAAAAAAGAGACAAAGCUUGAGUGUGAGGAAAAUGAAGAACGCCGAGAACAAAAGGAAGAACGUCGAGAACCUGUAAAGAAGAUUCAAAAAGUGGGAUAUGGUAAGGCCUAGCGCCUAAAUUUAAAAGGAUAGCAAAGUCAAGUUAGAGCCAAAAACUCUCCCACUCGACAACCGUAUGAUGAUCAAAUAAUAAAAAAUCCCCAAACUCAGAUACAAUACUGA